GGUCUGCCCACCCUGCCCUGACAUUUCUCGACUUCCAAACGCUUAUACUCCGUACUAUAUUUAUAAAUUAAAUACGCGCAGAUCCGCAGUUGAGAGAUUGAGAAAAGAAAGAGGCAUAGGUUAUAACUUAUAAGUGGAGUGAUUAAUAAUUAAGAUGAAGGUGGUUUCGUUCAUAAUAGUCAUCAACAUCUUCUUGGUUCAUGGUUUGGCACUCGACGACGGGAAGAAGAAGAAUAUGAAGAUGAGCUAUGGUGGCGACGAAGAGGCGGCGGCGGCGGAAGGUUUGAAUCCAUUGAAUUAUGAAGAAUCAUUAAGAGCAGGCGGAGUACGGUUACCAUCUCCCAUGCCCAACCCCUCACGCCACCAAAUUCCUUUUCCGCCCCCGCCUCCCUCUCCGCCUCCACGUGUCACGGCAGAAAGUCAUGUCCUCUUUCAAAUGAAUGGAAUAUUGUGACAGGAGAGUAUGCAAAGCAGUGUCUCGAGUUAGCCGUGGAGUUGGGUCUCACUUCAAUAGAUUUAUGGUCCAAAAUGCAGGAAACCAUGGGUUGGCAGAAGAUAUUCUUAAUCUGACCUCAAAAGAAGCAGACAAAACCAUGGGAACACCAAGAAGUAGACGAAAGUAGUCAGCUGCUAUGGAUGAUUUAGCUUCUCCAGAUGACAAUGCUGACAUGUAGAAUAGUGUUUUCAACUACACUGAAAAGCUAUAUAAUGGAGCCUCUAAAAAAGAGUUACUGAUAAUGGAGCUAACAAUUUAUUUUCUUUCUUCUUUUACAUUGGAUAUAACUAUGAAAACAGAAUGAUGUAACUCUGUUUAUGUCGUUUACUGACCAGAAUCAUGAGUUCUUAGAAUGUAAACAGAAUGAUUCAUAUCUUAUUCUAAACUAAAACGUUGGCUUGAAAAUAUGUUGGUUUGUAUCUUUAAGUUCGUUAUUUCGAUGUGAGAUGAUUCAUCCUUAGCAAUCCCUGAAAUGCUAAUAAAACUUGAAGUGCAUUUCAC